AUGGCUUCAUCUCGCUCGAGCCGCUCACGCUCACGCUCGCCGCGCCGCUCGCCGGACAGGGAGAUCGCCCCAGAUUCACUGUUCGAGUCUGUGCCAGACUCCAUCGCAUCGCAAGAGGUGCCGGACUCCAUCGUGCUGGACUCGGAGAUGGUGCCGGACUUCGUCGCGACGGACUCUGAGAUGGUGCCGGAAACCUUGCCGCCGGGAGCUUUUCUAUGCCCUCGCUGUCAUCGCGUUCAUGAGAACCGCGAAUCAUGGGAUCGUGCGCACUCGCUGUUUUGGCCAUGUGCUCGCUGCGGUCUCGUCCACAGAGAGUAUAGAAUCGGUGCCUGGCUGUACGACCAAGACGAGUUCGACUGCGAGCUUUUCAUUCCCGAUCUGAACAAUCUCGUGAUGCGUGGAAAUUCUAUCGUGUUACCUGAACACGUGAUCAACAUGCUCAACGAGCUAGCAGCCGCGAAGGCCGACGCCAAAGCUGCAGCAGCCGUGAAGGAGGACAACGCCAAAGCCGCAGCCAUCGCGAAGGAGGACGACGCCAAACCAAUACAAGAGUAGCUUCGGCUUCAUGAAGUGAAGAUGGUUCACAAGGGAGAGAAUCUGGCAGUCGGUCUUCUCUUUCUAGUGUAUUUUUACUCAUGUGAGGAAUUUUGAACUUGUUGCAUCCUUUCACCUUCAUAGCUUCAAUGUAAACACUUUGCAGUGUUACAAAUAUUCGAUUAGUUUUGUGUGCCGAGUACUCUAUGAAUGCCUACAAAACAAAUGUGGAACAAAUGAAUGAAUGAGCACUUUUGUAGUUGAUGAGACAAUGAAACAUGUGUGAACGAUUUGAUCAAA